UUCUACUGUUUUUGUUCCUUGCUCAAGCUGCUUCCCUUCACCUGUGGUUCAAAGAGGGUCAAAUGUUUAUAUUUCAUAGUAAAGUCAUUUGAAAAUGUUUGGCUUCUAGAGUGUUAAAGAAACACAGCCUUCAUAAGGGGGAAGCUACUGGAAAUACAGAGCACGUUCCAAAAAGAGAGAACUUGGUACAGUUCAGUGAUACUUUAUUAGCCAUUAAAAUAGCUCAUGCUCAGAGCUCUGAUACUUUGACUUUCACCAUGUCUUGGUUAUGGAGUCAGUUAUAAAGUCAAGAUACUUAUAAUCAAAUUGAUUAAAAGUGAACAAAGAAGGUUAUUUUCUCUCUCCUGGUUAUCUAACAUAGAAGAUUGGGGUUAAGCUGGGUGUGGAUAAACUGGACAUUUAGGUGGAAACCCAAAGACAGAGAAAGUGUUAAUAACAAAAGAUAGUUCCAUAGGAUCCAAAAAACUAUAUAAACUGCCUUCAUCACUAAACAUGGCCCUUUACCCCAUCUGAGCGCUUUUAUUAAGGAACUUAUAGAAAGUACCUUCUGUUCAGAGUGGGCAGUGUGAAUAACUCUGCUCCAUUCUGGACAGUAGUCAGAGAUUGCAGAACACCUGACAGGGUUGUCUCCAUUUGCUAGUGGAGUGUAUGGGGAAUGAUCUCUCUCUGGUUUGCUAUUCCACCAGUGUGAUGGUCUCAGGCAAAGUGAGAUUCCCCACCGAUGAGGAGGCCAAAAGAAGGUGGGUGCUGGCCACAAAAAGGCUCGAUGUGAACUCUGCAGGCAUGUGGGAGCCUAAGAAAGCAGAUGUGUUAUGUUCGCGCCACUUUAAGAAGUCAGACUUCGACACAAGAGGUCCCAACAUCAGGCUCAAACCUGGAGUCAUCCCUUCCAUUUUUGAAUUGCCUUCUCACUUCCAGCGGAGACGAGGAAAAGUUCAUGGCAGACGAAACACCCCACUGAAAACACUGCCAAUAACAGUUCAUAACCACCAGCUUGUGGAUUCGCCUUCCAGUACAGGAGAAUUUCAUUCCCAAUUCAUCUUGGAGCACAGUUACAGCAUAAUGGACAGUCCAAAGAAACUGAAGUGUAAAUUAGAUCAGGUAAUCAGUGAGUUCGAAGAGGCCAAGGAACAUCUGAGGAACACUUUAGACAGAGAACGACAACGCAGGGAAUCACUGAGGACAGUGAUCCGGGAACUGGAGAACAAAUGUCUAAUCAGCCCUGAAACAGCCUGUAAACUGGAUGUUUAUUGCUGGGAGUGGUGUGAGGCAGGCACACAGGAGAAGACUAUCAACUGAAGUAACUGCAGCAGGAAUAGCUGCAAAGGCUCCUUAAGCUCAACAUUCAGAAGUGGGAUGUUUUAGGCUGGCCAUCGGUACUCAGUGAACAGGACCAGCCAGAUCUUUGGAGAAGCCGUUUCUCUAAAGAUACCAUCUGGGCAAGAUCCUUGCUCCUAGGACACAGCUCCCUUAUGUAACAAGGUGUCUUGGUCUCUGAGAGCUGUGGUAGUGGUCAGGAGUGCGAACUACAAAAGACAAUGUAUAAAUGUAAACAAUUGUAGGAUUAGCAGGGUGAGGCACCUCUAGCUUAGAUUUCAUAAUGCAGAACUUUAGUGAGGCCCUAAGAGUGCAAAUCAGGACUAAAGCAGUGCACAGACUGCAAAGUGCUUAUUUUAUAUGUAUUUUGGAUUACAAAUAUUUGCCCUGUAAAAA